AGGGUUUACUUAGAAAUUGAGAAGGCUGAUGAUUAGCUGGUUCGGUCAGUAAUUUGGUUGGAAAGGGAAAAUAUCCAUUGGAAUUACAAUUAUUAAAUUAUUUACUUUUUCUCUCCCUUCAGUUUACAAUCAACAAUAAGUUUACAUUCGUAGUUGAUUUGUCCACCAUCAUGAUCUUCAGCUAAAUUGUGACUUCCUCUCUCAUGGAUACACUUUCACUGACAAUCAAUAAUCAUCAAUGAUCACAAUCAGUUAAUUUUAGUUUCGCAUCUUUUUAUCAUAUUGUUUAUCCUUCAAGUUACUUUCAUUAAUUUGAUUUGGUUCCAAUUUCCUCUGGAUGUGAUCUAGUUAUUAAUGUUAAUUACAAUUGACAAUUAAUGAACAAUUAACUUGUUGAUUGUUGGAAAACUUUUUUUUUUCUUUGAGUGUGUUUUUCAAUUGAUCUUUAUAAUCUUAAUUGAUUCGUUAAAUUGUAAUUACGAUGGUUACAUUUGAUCCGAACAAUAAUCCAUCGGCUUUAAGUGCUCCAGUCAUUUCUAUAAGUACAACAUGUGAAACAAAUAAUUCGUUGGGUAAAAGUAACCUUGCCGUUCGUGGCCGUAACCUUUGUUUAACUUAUGGUUCAGGUCCGAAAGCUGCCUAUGUACUUAAUAACCUUUCGAUGUCCGUUCCCGCUGGUGGGAUCUAUGGGCUUCUUGGUCCAUCAGGUUGUGGUAAAACUUCACUGCUCAAAAUAAUUUGUGGCCUUCAACGAGCGGACACUGGGACUGUUCGUAUCUUUGGCUGUAAACCAGGUGAACGGGGCAGCGGUGUCCCUGGCCCUGGAAUAGGUUACAUGCCCCAAGAUGUUGCUCUUCUUCCCGAUUUAACGGUUGAAGAGAUGUUGAGUUACUUUGGUAAUUUGUAUUAUCUUCCCGCUCCCGUGAUACGAAAACAGAUCAAUGAUCUGGUCAGUCUACUUGAAAUUCCAGAUAAAAAGCGUAUCAUUGAAGCGAUGAGCGGAGGUCAACAGAGACGAUUAUCAUUGGCAUGUACAAUAAUCCAUAAGCCACGAUUAGUGAUUCUUGAUGAACCAACGGUUGGUGUUGAUCCACUUUUAUGCUCACGAAUAUGGGAAUUACUUUAUGGCCUGGCCAGGGAGGAAUCAAUGACCAUAAUAGUGACCACUCAUUAUAUUGAAGAGUGUCGAAGGGCCAAAAUGGUCGGUUUCAUGAGGAAAGGUGAAAUUUUGGAAGAAGAUGAACCUGAGGCGAUGAUUAAACGUUUCUCCGCCGAGAAUUUGGAAGAUGUUUUCUACAAAAUUUGUUUGGCCCAAAAACGUCGCAAUACUUUGAUAGCCGCACCUUUGGUCAAUCGAAAGGCAGUCCAACGAAAGUCACUUUCCGCCGUUGUAAUGGACGAUUCACAUUUAGAUAAAGUUGAACCAUACAAAUCGCCACAAGAUUCCCGACCAAUUUAUUCAGCAUUCUGGCCAACCUGGACUCUUUAUAAACGUUACUUGCUUCAGGUCAAACGGCAGCCCAUUUUUUUGAUAUUACUCUUCCUGUUUCCGAUAACAUCACUUGGAUUUCUGUACAUUUGUGUUGGCCAUACACCUAAAGAUUUACCCGUUGGCUGGGUUGUUGAAGAAGAAGCCGAGUACGGGUCACUUCACGCUCGACCGGAAGACUUUGACGAGGCCUUCAAUUCGUACCUGAUACCAUAUUAUCCCGAUCUACUGAAAAGCCACAUCAACUCACAGAUUAUAAAUCUAAUCCCAUACAAUAGUUUAGACUCUGGUCUAGCGGAUGUGCGACGGCUUAAACUGGACGGAGUGAUUCAUAUGACCAAAGGCUUUUCUGAGGCCUUUCAUGAGAGGUUAAAUUAUUUGAGUGCGAAAGAUAUUGACGAUGAUACCGUUAAGAGAGGGACAAUUAACAUCUAUGGUGAUCUAUCGGAUGCUUUUGCCAUGACCACGAUUGAAUUGUGUCUUCAAUUGUCUCUUCUUGAGGUGAUGAAUGAAACCGCACCGACGGCUAACCUUCCCUACCAUAGUAGGUCACUUCCCUUUCAAAUAGGUAAACCCAUUUAUGGUAAUUUAGGUGAUAAAAACAAUUUCGGCCUUCAAGAUUACGCUGCACCGGGUUUCAUGGUGGUUGUGCUUUAUGGUUGCUCAUUAGGUUUAUCGGCUUUAAGUUUGGCCGCUGAAGUUGCCGAUAAAAUGUUUGAUCGUAACUAUUCAACUGGUAUAACAAUUGGUCAACUUUUAAUUGCUCAAGUUGCCGCUCGUUUCACUUAUCUGGCCAUUAAUUGUGUUCUUGUUCAUGUAAUAACCAUCUUUGUUUUCGGGGUAACAAAUCACGGGUCUUUCGGCCUUGGAAUUGCACUUUUACUCUUACAAACACUCGUAGGUCAGGUAAACGGGAUGGUUUUUGCUGCCGUUUUCCCGGCUAUUGAACAUUUGGCCUUCGUUGCUCUUGGAUCACUUCUCUAUAUGCUUUUCAUUUCGGGUGUUUUCUGGCCUGUAGAGUCGCUCCCUUACUAUUUCCGUUACCUGUCGAUUUCCCUUCCGUUCACCGAACCCGCUAAAGCGCUGAGAGCGAUCAUGUUAAAACAAGGAGCUCCUUUCCACCCGUUAAUCUGGCCUGGAUUCGCUGUGUCAGCUUUCUGGUUCUUUGCGCUUCUCGCUUUAUCCUAUUUAAUAUUUUCAAUUAAAUUCAAACGAACUUGAAACAAUUAGAAGAUUUAAUUUUCCAUUAAACAAAUCAAACGAAAAAUAAUCAACAUACUCACUUUUAUAAAUAAAUUCAUUUGUUAAAAAAACGAAAUAAGCAAAUAAAUUGCCUCAGGCUCUUUAUCUUCGAGAAAA